AUAGCGCAAGGAAAGCCAUUAACACAUUUUCAGGCUAUGGGAAUGCUGAGAAAAGCUCUUGUAUCCUCGUUUAUAAGUUCCUCGUCUAAUGGAACAGGGGUGGUAAUGAAGACUACAGCAAGCAGGAGAUUUAGUGAGAUUCGGCCAGAAGAUAUUCAAGCGGUUGGGGAAAAGGUUCAGUGUAUAGUACUCAAAGAAGAAGAAGAAGAAGAAGAAGAAGAACAAGAAGAGAAGGAAGAUGAGGAAGAAGAAAAUCUGGAAGAACCUAGAAAGUUAAAGGAAGAUGAAAAGAGUGUUGUAAGACUGGUAAAUAAAGUUGCAGGGAAGAAAAGUAAUUGGAAAAUUGUAGAAAGACAGUUUGUUCAGGUACAACAGAUUAGAUCAACAUUUUGGAAACUUUAAAGAAUUAAAACCAAUAAAAAGAGUAAUGGUCAAUCAUGAACUCUGGAUCUCGAUAUCAAAUGUGGGCACCUUAAAAUUUGAAGAUGCAUGCUUGAGAGAUUCACAAACUAAAAGUUCUGACCUCCAUGAAAUAAUCUGAUAAAUGUU